AUGAAGAAGUCUAACAGCUUUUAUGGUUAUUCUUUGAUUAUGGCUUUCUUUAUGUUGUUCCUGGGUGCAAGGUCUCAGCUGACCCCAUAUUUUUAUGAGAGAACUUGUCCAAAUCUUCUCAAUAUUGUGAGGUAUGAGGUGGAAAAAGCUUUCUUCAAGGAAAUUCGUAUGGCUGCCUCUUUGCUUCGGCUUCACUUUCAUGAUUGCUUUGUAAAUGGUUGUGAUGGAUCAAUACUGUUGGAUGUAAGUGAUGGUGAGAAGGUUUCCUUUUCCAAUUUAAACUCAGUUAGAGGAUUUGAAGUUGUAGAUGAUAUUAAAAGAGCUGUGGAAUACGAAUGUAGUGGUGUUGUGUCUUGUGCUGAUAUACUAGCAAUAGUUGCUCGAGAUUCCGUCGUCAUAACUGGAGGACCAACGUGGAAUGUUCUGUUGGGCAGAAGAGACGGAUUUGUGUCAAGCAAAGCUGCAGCAAAUAUUUCAAUUCCUUCUGCAUUUGACUCACUGUAUAAUAUCAUUGCCAAGUUCAAAAAAGUAGGACUCGAUGUAACUGAUGUGGUAUCCUUAUCAGGUUCUCAUACAAUUGGACUAGCUAGGUGUGCUGCCUUCAACAAUAGGUUGUUCAACUUCGAACAAACGGGUCGUCCAGACAGUUCUAUGGAUGAACAUAUGCUGUUCCAGUUGCAACUUUUGUGCCCAAACGUUAGUAGCUAUAGUGCUGACUUAGACUCGAAGAUCGGAAACUUUACUACACCCCUAGAUCGAGACUCACCAAUAGGUUUCCCAACUAAUGAUUUUGACAACCAUUACUUUCAGAACUUGCUCAAUAGAAAGGCCCUACUUAGCUCCGACCAAGUUUUGUUGAAUAGUUAUGAAACUAAACGUUUGAUUCAAGAUUAUAGCAUUAGCACGGAUCGUUUCUUUGAUGACUUUGCCAAGUCCAUGGUCAAGAUGGGGAAUAUAAGCCCACCUCCUGGGUCCCGUGGACAGAUACGCAAGAACUGCAGGAGAGUGAAUUGA